CCUCACGAACAGUGACUCCAUCGCCACUGUCACAGCUCAACCGUCGCAGCCCCAGCAGCAAACAUACGGCCACACCGGCAACGAUCUUACUUAUACAAAACGCACCGAGAAACCAACCGCCCACAAUGUCCGACGACAACAUAUCCAUCUACGACGAGAUCGAGAUCGAGGACAUGACCUUCGACGAGGACAUGCAGAUCUACCACUACCCCUGCCCCUGCGGCGACAAGUUCCAGAUCGCCCUGGCCGACCUCCGCGACGACGAGGACAUCGCCGUGUGCCCCAGCUGCAGCCUCAUGAUCCGUGUCAUCUUUGACAAGGACGACCUCCCCAAGGACGACCCCGAAGACGACGCCGAGCUCGCGGGGGAAACCGCCGUUCAGAUCCCUGUUGUCGCUUGAACGCCGUCGGAUGGAAAACGAGACGUCUACGCCGCCCGAAUCCCAAGCACGGCUGCGUCAAGAAAACAAAGCAGAUGCCGCCCGAGCCCGGGAGGACAACGGACCCUAAGUCGCCUGCUACGGUGCGCAAUCAUCAACGCCGCCCUAGUCUACACAACAGUAAGGUGUUCUUCCGAGAUAAGAGGCAAUGCGCGACGAUGCCCGCGCCACGUUAUACAAGGCUUCCGUGCUACGGCGCACCCGGGUUACGUCCCUCCCGUCGAAACACCCUCUCUUCCCCCCUUUUCCUU